AUGGCCAACCCACCUCAUGGAGGGGUUCUCAAGGACCUUCUCGCCCGAGACGCUCCUCGUCAUGACGAGCUCGCCGCCGAGGCUGAAAUAUUACCCGCAGUCGUCCUCACUGAACGUCAAUUGUGCGAUCUUGAACUCAUUCUCAAUGGUGGCUUCUCCCCUCUGGAGGGGUUCAUGAACGAGAAGGAUUACAAUGGAGUCGUGGAGAACCUCCGACUCGUAGAUGGCGCUCUGUUCAGCAUGCCCAUUUGCUUGGACGUUGCAGGACCGAUGAUUGAACGUCUGAAGAUCAAGGCAGGCUCUCGAAUCACCCUCCGGGAUUUCCGAGACGACCGCAACCUGGCCAUCUUGACCGUGGACGAUGUCUACAAGCCAGACAAGAAAAAGGAGGCUCAAGAAGUAUUUGGGGGAGACCCAGAGCACCCCGCCAUCAAAUACUUGAUGACUGCCACAAAGGAUUACUACAUUGGCGGCAAGAUUCAGGCUGUCAACAGACUGAACCAUUACGAUCACGUGGCUCUGAGAUAUACUCCCGCCGAGUUGCGUUUGCACUUUGAGAAGUUGGGCUGGACUCGAGUGGUGGCUUUCCAGACUCGAAAUCCCAUGCACCGCGCUCAUCGUGAACUGACGGUUCGUGCGGCGCGGGCCCGCCAGGCCAACGUCCUUAUUCACCCUGUGGUCGGUCUGACUAAGCCCGGUGAUAUCGACCACUUCACCCGUGUCCGUGUCUAUGAAGCCCUCAUGCCCCGAUACCCGAACGGUAUGGCUGUCCUUGGCCUCCUUGGGUUGGCCAUGCGCAUGGGUGGUCCUCGUGAGGCUAUCUGGCACGCCAUCAUCCGAAAGAACCACGGUGCAACUCAUUUCAUCAUUGGAAGAGAUCACGCGGGUCCGGGAAAGAACAGUGCUGGAAAGGAUUUCUAUGGUCCCUACGAUGCUCAGCACGCGGUGGAGAAAUACCGAGCAGAAUUGGGCAUUGAAGUCGUCGAAUUCCAAAUGAUGACGUACCUGCCCGAUACCGACGAGUACCGACCCAAGGACCAGGUCCCCGCCGGUGUCAAGACCUUGGACAUCUCGGGUACCGAACUCCGAAGACGUCUCAGAGUCGGUGCCCCGAUUCCAGAAUGGUUCUCUUAUCCCGAAGUCGUCAAGGUUCUGCGGGAGUCCAACCCUCCCCGGGCAAAGCAGGGCUUCACCAUCUUCCUGACCGGAUACCAGAACUCUGGUAAGGACGCGAUUGCGCGAGCUUUGCAAGUCACCUUCAACGAGCAAGGUGGUCGCCCAGUCUCUCUUCUCCUCGGCGAGACGGUUCGCUCCGAAUUAUCCUCGGAGCUGGGAUUCACCAAGGAAGACCGUGAUACCAACAUUGCCCGUAUCGCCUUUGUGGCCGCUGAGUUGACCAAGGCCGGUGCGGCUGUCAUUGCUGCACCAAUUGCACCAUUUGACGAGGCUCGGCAAGAUGCCCGCGAGACCGUUCAGAAAUACGGAAGCUUCUUCCUUGUCCACGUUGCAACCAGCCUGGAAUACUGCGAGAAGACGGACAAGCGAGGUGUCUACGCACGAGCUCGAAGGAACUCCAUCAGGAACUUUACCGGUGUCAAUGAUCCAUACGAGAAGCCCACUGAUGCUGAUUUGACCGUAGACUGUGAGAAGCAAUCGGUCCGAAGUAUUGUGCACGAGAUUGUUUUGAUGUUAGAAAGCCAGGGCUUCUUGGGAAAUGUCUAA